UUUGACCGCUAUUCUUAUAAAAAUCGUUGUAGUUGUAAAUAAUAAUCUAUAAAGGUUUUCGUACAUUUUAUGUAGCAAUCAUGAUACUUAACUUUAAAGUUUUAAUUUUAGCUGUUUUAUUUAUCAACAUUUUGGCUGAAGAUUAUGUAAUUAACAAUAAACGAUUCCCUGCUGAUUUUAUGUUUGGCGUGGCAACGUCUGCAUACCAAGUGGAAGGUGGUUGGAAUGAAGAUGGUAAAGGUGUAAACAUCUGGGACUACUUUACGCACAAAAAUUCUUCGGUUAUACGAGAUAAAAAUAACGGAGAUAUCGCUUGUGACUCCUACCAUAAAAUUAAAGAAGAUGUGGCUUUAUUAAAAGACCUUGGUGUAAGCCACUACAGAUUCUCGAUUAGUUGGACAAGAAUUUUACCUAACGGUUUUCGCGACGAAGUUAACCAGAAGGGAAUCGACUAUUACAAAAAUCUUAUAAGAGAACUAAAGAAUAAUAAUAUAGAACCUCUAGUAACACUCUAUCACUGGGAUUUGCCUCAAUUUUUAGAAGAUUUAGGAGGAUUCUUUAGUAAUUCGCUUAAAGUUUGGUUCGCAGAAUAUGCCAGAAUUUGCUUCCAAGCUUUUGGUGAGGAUGUUAAAUAUUGGGUAACGUUCAAUGAACCUUCAUCUAUUUGUAACAAUGGAUAUGGUAAUGGAAAAUCUGCUCCAGGAAUUUAUAAUCCAGGAAUUGGAGAGUAUCGAUGUAUUCAUAACCUACUUAAUGCUCACGCUGCAGCCUACCAUGUUUAUGAUAAAGAAUUUAGGAAUAAUUACAAUGGUAAAGUAACUAUAGUUCAUAGUAUAAGUUAUUGUCAACCUAAAACAAAUAGCUCGGAAGACAUUGAAGCAGCAGAUCAGAAAAUGCAGUUCAAUUUGGGUUGGAUGGCUGAUCCAAUAUACUUCGGUGACUAUCCAGAAAUCAUGAAGACUCGUAUAGCGAAACGAAGCAAACUAGAAGGUUUCAUCGAGUCACGUCUUCCAGAAUUCACCAAAGAACAAAAGGAACGACUGAAAAACACCUCAGACUAUUUUGCGGUAAACUCGUAUGACUCUUACUUUGGGUUUGCCAUUCCAGAGCCUGCCAUUAUUCUACCCCCAUCCUUAGAUGCGGAUUCUGGAGUUGGUGGUACCAUGGAAGGGAUUGGGGAUGGUUCUUUUGGAAUGGGUAAACUACUACUAUGGAUUAAAGACCGAUAUAACAAUCCUGAUAUGAUCAUUACUGAAAACGGACUGAUGACUCAAACAGAAACGUUGGAAGAUGAUGACAGGAUUAGUAUGGUGAAAAAUUGUUUGAGCCGAUUCAGAGAUGUUAUGGAUGAAGUUAACCUGUUGGGAUAUACGUUAUGGAGUGUAAUGGACAAUUUUGAAUGGACAAGAGGAUACACCGCAAAAUAUGGAAUAUACCAUGUAGACUUUAACAAUCUUAAUAGAACCAGGACUCCAAAAAAGUCAGGCGAAUGGUAUAAACAAGUUAUUCAAACCGGAUGCUUAACAGAUAUUUGUAUUGAUUAAUAAAUAAAGUUCUUUGUAGUUUGUUUAAUUUAAAUCAUAUAAUACUA